AUGCGAGCUCUCUGUGUGAAGAAAGUUUAUUGCUUUCUCUGGAAACUAUCUUUCGAUUCUCCAAUUCGUUGCCGUAGAUUCUUUGGGAAUGCGAUAUCGAGUUACGGAGGUUUCUCUAAUGAAGAAGCUCUUAUUCUUCGACGCUUAUCUGAAGGAGGACUCGUACACGCACGCCAUUUGCUCGACAGAGUUCCUCAGAGAGGAAGUAGUAUUAGCCGUGUCAUCUACUGGACUUCGCUUCUCACCAAGUACGCGAAAGCUGGAUACUUGGAACAAGCAAGGGCUUUGUUUGAAGUUAUGCCAGAGAAGAACAUCGUCACUUGCAACGCGAUGUUGACGGGUUACGUGAAACGCAGGAGGCUAGACGAGGCUUGGACACUGUUCCGUGAGAUGCCGAAGAACGUUGUUUCGUGGACUGUGAUGCUCACUGCGCUUUGUGACGAUGGAAGGUGUGAAGAUGCGAUCGAGUUGUUCGAUGAAAUGCCUGAGAGAAACGUGGUUUCAUGGAACACGUUGGUCACGGGUUUGAUUAGGAAUGGGGACAUGGAGAAGGCGAGACAGGUGUUCGAUACUAUGCCUAGCCGAGAUGUUGUGUCAUGGAACGCGAUGAUUAAAGGGUAUAUCGAGAACGAUGGAAUUGAUGAAGCGAGACUCUUGUUUGAGAAGAUGAGUGAGAAGAAUGUGGUUACUUGGACGAGCAUGGUGUAUGGUUAUUGCAGAGACGGAGAUGUUGAACAAGCUUAUAGAUUGUUCUGUGAGAUGCCUGAGAGAAACGUUGUUUCUUGGACCGCUAUGAUCAGUGGGUUUGCUUGGAAUGAGUUGUAUAGAGAAGCAUUGUUGCUUUUUCUUGAGAUGAAGAAGGAUCUUGAUGCGAUAUCACCUAAUGGGGAGACUCUCAUCUCUCUCGCUUAUGCUUGUGGUGGUCUUGGUGUUGGAUAUCGCCGUCUUGGCGAGCAGUUGCACGCGCAAGUCAUAUCCAACGGUUGGGAAAGUGUGGAUCAUGAUGGAAGGUUGGCGAGAAGUCUUGUUCAUAUGUAUGCAUCGUCGGGUUUGAUCGGUUCAGCGCAGUCUCUGCUCAAUGAAAGCUUUGAUUUACAGUCUUUUAACAUUAUGAUCAACGGUUAUCUAAAGAUCGGGGAUUUGGAACGAGCUCAAACUCUGUUCAAGAAAGUCGAGAGCUUACACGACAAAGUAUCUUGGACGUCGAUGAUCGAUGGGUAUCUAGACGCAGGCGAUGUAUCGAGAGCCUUUGAUUUGUUUCAGAAGCUUCACGAUAAGGACGGGGUAACAUGGACGGUUAUGAUCUCAGGUCUUGUCCGAAACGAACUUUUUACUGAAGCUUCGUCUCUUUUGUCAGAUAUGGUGAGACAUGGCCUGAAACCGUUAAACUCGACUUACUCUGUUCUUCUUAGCUCCGCUGGUGCUACUUCGAAUCUCGAUCAAGGGAAGCAUUUACACUGUGUGAUCGCAAAGACGACGGCUUGCUAUGAUCCUGAUCUCAUCCUUCAAAACUCUCUUGUCUCGAUGUAUGCAAAAUGUGGAGCCAUAGAGGAUGCUGAUGAGAUCUUCUCAAAGAUGGUCCGGAAAGAUACAGUUUCUUGGAACUCCAUGAUCAUGGGUUUAUCUCAUCACGGCUUAGCAGACAAAUCUUUAAAACUGUUCAACGAGAUGCUUGAUUCGGGGAUGAAACCGAACUCUGUAACGUUUCUCGCAGUACUCUCAGCUUGUAGCCACUCUGGACUCAUCACCAGAGGUUUAGAGCUAUUCAAAGCGAUGAAGGAAAUACAUUCAAUCCAACCCGGGAUCGAGCAUUAUAUCUCGAUGAUUGACCUUUUAGGCCGAGCCGGGAAGCUAAGAGAAGCAGAGGAGUUUAUCUCAGCUCUGCCUUUCACUCCAGACCAUACUGUCUACGGCGCAUUGCUAGGCUUGUGCGGGCUCAACUGGAGAGAUAGAGAUGCGGAAGGUGUAGCGGAAAGGGCUGCGACGCGGUUGCUAGAGCUGGAUCCGGUGAAUGCGCCGGGACACGUGGCGCUAUGCAACGUGUAUGCGGGUUUAGGGAGGCAUGAGAUGGAGAAGGAGAUGAGGAAAGAAAUGGGGUUUAAAGGUGUGAAGAAGACACCAGGAUGCAGUUGGAUUGUGCUUAAUGGAAGAGCUAAUGUGUUUCUCUCUGGUGAUAAAUCUGCUAGUGAUAUUGCUCAGAUGAUUUUGCCAAUGUUUUAUGGGAAUGGUAGUGGAAUGCUUGAGGAGGAAGAAGAGAAACCGUUGACUCUCUGCCAUUGCUGAGAGAGAACUGAGAAGUG